GUUUCAUCAUAACACAGGGUAAUAGUGUGUGUUAUAGGGAAGCCGUGUGAAGGUGCAAUUAUAAUAUAGUCUCCUAGCUCACUGAGGACCUGGAGCUCAUGCCUUGGAUUUUGAGACAACAAGAACCAGGAAAUCUCCAGCAUGAUUGCUGUAAUCCUGUCAGGAAUCUUCUUCCUGUUGCUCAGUCCCACUUGUAGUGGCAGCAAGAUCCUAGUAGUGCCGGUUGAUGGCAGCCACUGGAUCAACAUGGAGGUGAUCCUCAGAGAACUACACUCCAAAGGCCACGAAAUCACCGUCCUGCGGUCUCCUAAGAGCUGGUUCAUCCCUAGUAACUCUCCGAUUUUUACUUCUAUUAAUGUGACCAUGCUGCAGGAUGAAUCGGAUUUGGACUACUACAAUAAAAUGCUAUUGAAUGUUAUGGAGCGUCGCAGGUUGCCAACUUUUUUACGCACCUUCUACCAACAGCACUUGAUCACAUCCAUGUUGGCAGAAGGCCAUAGGAUCCUUUCCAGAGCAUCUGCUAAAAUGUUAGAUGACCCUGUUUUCAUGAAGAUUAUACAAGAUGCCAAGUUUGACUUAAUGUUAACGGAUCCUGCUCUGACUACAGGGGUUAUUCUAGGUAGUUACCUCAAACUGCCAAUGGUUUUCAAUGUGCGCUGGAUUAAUAAUGGGGAGGGCCAUUUAACCAUAGCUCCCUCUCCUGUCUCUUAUGUCCCCGUGUCAGGCAGUGAACUUGAUGAUCAGAUGGACUUCCUGGACAGAACCAAGAACAUGUUGCAUUAUAUAUAUAGUUCAGUUGAACAGCACUUUUUCAUCAACCCUUACUACUCAGAUCUGUUCCAAAAGCAUUUCCCUCCCGGGACAGAUCUGCUGUCUUUAGAGCUUGCAGCCGAUAUGUGGCUUGUGAGGACGGAUUUCGUCUUUGAGUUCCCUCGACCUACAAUGCCCAACGUGGUCUACAUAGGAGGGUUCCAGUGCAAAAAGCCCAGUCCCCUCCCUGAUGAGCUCGAGGCCUUUAUGCAGAGCUCUGGGGAGCAUGGGGUGGUGGUCAUGUCUCUGGGGACGCUGGUGUCAGCACUGCCUCGCGAGGCCACAGAGGCCAUCGCUGCUGCUUUUGCACAACUACCUCAGAAGGUGGUGUGGAGGUUUAUAGGUGAAAAGCCAUCAUCCUUGGGAAACAACACCCUGCUGGUGGAAUGGCUGCCUCAGAGAGACCUCCUGGGUCACCCCAAAACUCGUGCUUUUGUAGCCCAUGGCGGCACCAACGGCAUGUAUGAAGCCAUUUACCACGGUGUUCCUGUUCUGGGCCUGCCCCUCCUCUUUGACCAGUUUGACAACCUACUCCGGCUGAAGGUACGCGGGGCGGCUCGGGUGUUGGAAGCCUAUUCACUCACCAAAGAAGACUUCCUAGAGGCUAUAACAGACAUUCUAGAGACUCCCUCAUACCGUGACAACAUACAGCGUCUCUCACGGCUACACCAUGAUAAGCCAAUGUCACCCAUGGACACCGCCAUUUUUUGGAUUGAGUACGUGAUCAGGAAUAAAGGAGCAGCCCAUCUGCAGUCAGUAGGUUUUAGUCUGCCUUGGUAUACCUACUCCAACCUGGAUGUUGCUCUUUUAUUAAUGGCUCUCAUUGCAGCCUUUGUCUGGGCGUCAGUGUCUUUCUGUAAGAUUCUCUGCUGUCGAAGGUCCAAGAGGAAGACAAAGGCAGAGUAACUGAAUCUACCAGAAAAGACAUAUAUAUAUAAUCUAAAUAAACUCAAUUUUAUAUCACAUCAAGAUUUAUCGAGAUUUCACAGACAGAUUAGGUGUCAGCCUCCACCUGACCACUGUAGGUUUAGCAUUAGUUACACUUACGUCCUGUGGGACACAAGGCCUUUGUACAAAAAGGAAGCUUCCCACAUAGACUGUUGAGACAAAUCUAAAUCCUCAAGAACACUGGAACACUAUAUUUUGCUUUUUCUACAAAACAUAGAGCAAUAUCUGUACAAGGCUCCUACUUAAUACCUGCUGACAAAUGCAUCAGUUAUGGAAUCAUGUAUGUAUGUUAUUAAAAACACUGGACUUUGUCUUACAACAUGUGCUAAUAUACCAAAUUACAAUCAAUAUGUUAUGUGCAUUAUACUGACUUACAGUCAUUUUGUCAUCAUUCUAUGAAUGUUAAAAUGUGUGAAUGCUAUACCAACACUUUAAACAGAUUAAAACAGCAAACAUG